AUCUGCCGUGUACAAAUCAGUAACUCCAAUAGAGACUAUAGAGUUAAAGGUUUCACUAUUCUCACUCUGUAUAAAGAACCCUCUCUCACACACACCAUACACUCUCGAGCCUCAAUCUUAUCAUAUCUCACCGACCAAUCAAUCAUGGAUGCCGAGAUCGCCUUCGACUUCUCUCCGGUGCUCAAAAUCUACAAGAGUGGCCGCAUCGAGCGACUCAUGGGCGAAACCACCGUGCCACCUUCUUCCGACCCACAGAACGGUGUCGUUUCCAAGGACGUCAUUCAUUCUCACGAAAACAACCUCUCCGUCCGCAUUUACCUCCCAGAGAAAGCCGUCACCGACGGUCAGAAACUCCCUCUCCUCGUCUACUUCCACGGCGGAGGGUUCAUCAUCGAAACAGCUUUCUCUCCGACUUACCACAAUUUCGUCACGGCGGCUGUCUCUGCCUCGGACUGUGUAGCCGUCUCUGUUGAUUACCGGCGUGCGCCAGAGCAUCCGAUUUCAGUUCCGUUCGAUGAUUCUUGGACAGCUCUGAAAUGGGUAUUCACCCAUAUCUCCGGAUCUGGUCAGGAAGAUUGGUUAAACAAACACGCUGAUUUCAGCAAAGUGAUCCUCUCCGGAGACAGCGCCGGAGCUAACAUCGUGCAUCACAUGGCGAUGAGAGCUGCGAAAGAGAAACUCAGUCCUGACUUGAACGAUACAGGUAUCUCUGGAAUCAUCUUGGUCCAUCCUUACUUCUGGUCAAAGACACCAAUCGACGACAAGGACAUCAAGGAUGAAACGUCGAGGAUGAAGAUCGAUUCGAUUUGGAAGAUGGCUAGUCCCGAUAGCAAAGAUGGAUCAAAUGAUCCGUUGAUUAACGUGGUGAAGUCAGAGUCGGUGGAUCUGUCCGGGUUGGGUUGUGGUAAGGUUUUGGUGAUGGUGGCUGAGAAAGACGCGUUGGCGAGGCAAGGUUGGGGUUACGCGGCCAAGCUUGAGAAGAGUGGUUGGGAAGGAGAGGUUGAGGUGGUGGAGAGUGAAGGAGAGGAACAUGUUUUUCAUUUGACGAAACCUACUUGUGACAAGGCUCUUGAAGCCAUGCAUAAAUUCUCAAGGUUUAUCAAGGGAGACAAAUAGCUUUUGUGAUCCAGUGAAUAAUUUGGUACUGUUUAGUUGUGUCACUCAGUUUCUGUAAAUGUUUCCAGUGAUUAUGCAUUUGGGCUGCAACAACAACACAAUAAACAUUUUAAAAUUUUUAAUAUUUAGUAAGAGAUGUUUAAGAAACUUCAUAAUA